AUUUGUUUCCGCUAAAAAUAAACAAAGACCAAUUGAGCUCUCCUCUUCCUGCGGAAAUUUAGGGUUUUUGUCUUCUUCACUGAGCAAUCUGGGUUUCGGCUUCAACCUUCUUUAAGAAUGAGACUGAUUCUUUAGUGUGUGUUUUCUCAUCUCUGAGAUUUAUCUAAUCCUCGGCUGAGAAUGGAGUGUAACAAGGAAGAGGCCUCUAGGGCGAAGAAAAUGGCAGAGGAAUUGAUGCGGAAAGGUGAUUACCCCGAGGCUCAUAAGCUUGUAACGAAGGCUCAGACACUCUUCUCAGGUCUUGACGGUUUACCACAGAUGCUAGCCGUCUGUGAUGUUCAUUCUUCUGCCGAGAAGAAAAUCAACGGUCUUGAGAACUGGUACGGUAUUCUUCAAGCUAUGCAUUUCUCUGAUGACGCUACGAUCAAGAAGCAGUACAGGAAGCUCGCUUUGCUUCUCCAUCCUGACAAAAACCAGUUCGCCGGUGCAGAGGCUGCUUUCAAGUUGAUUGGGGAAGCUCACAGAUUGCUUUCCGACAAGGAGAAACGGAUGCAGUACGAUAUCAAACACAGAAUCUAUUCACGGGUUGUUAGCAGGCAGAUGAAUGCAAACUCAGGUCUACAACGUGGAACUGCAAAUAGAGACAUGGGGUCUACUGGUACUCAACAAGGAAGCGUAGCAACUGAGGUGGAUAAGAAAGGAACUUCCAACAAGAAUUGUGGGGGAGUUGAAAACCUAAAUGCUGAAGUAAGAGAACCUAAAUUAGAGGAAGAAUCGAUGAAGAAUUGUGCUGAGGGGAAGAUGAACAAUUCAGCUGAGUCGCCCAAAACUGAUGGUUUGACGCCACAGCCUGAGGUUGCAGAACCAGAACAAAGUGCAUCAAAAUAUGUAGCUGAUGAAUCAGUUUCAAGGUCUAGUCAAGCAGCCUCAAUGAGCAAGGACAAAAAGAAGAGGAGAAAGAUAGUUGAGGAACCGGAUAAUAGGAGGAAAUCUCAGAGGAAAAGUCAGCAAGAUUCUUGCGCAGAGAAGGCAAGAAGUGGUGGUGAUGCUAUAAGCGCUGCCACAAAAGGGUCAAGAGCAACUGAAGCACGUGGAGAAGGGAUGUGUAUGGGGGGAAAGACUGACAAAAACCACAAGACUGUCACGGAAGAUUCACCUGAUCAAGACUUUAAUAAUUUUGAACUGACAACAAGCUGUUUUGCUGUCAACCAGGUGUGGUCUCUGUAUGACCCAACUGACGGUAUGCCUCGGUACUAUGCUCGGAUAACGAAAGUGAUUGAUUCUGAGUUCAAGCUGGGUAUUACAUGGCUUGACCCUUUACAAGAUUAUAACGACAACUCUAUCCUCAUUGCGUGUGGAAUCUUCCAAGAUACGGAGUCAGAGGAAGUAGACGACCGUUUUAUAUUCUCUUGUGAGAUGCUUCACAUACGUCGUGACAACAACAUCGUCAUUUAUCCAAGAACAGGGGAAGUUUGGGCAGUUUUCAGAGGCUGGGAUGUCAGCUGGAGUGGUGGUAGUAGCUCGGAAGAAAAUCGCAAAGGAGCUUAUGAAUAUGACUUUGUUGAAGUUUUGUGUGAGUUUGAAGAUGAGAAUGGCCUUGGAGUGGCCUACCUAGGGAAAGUGGAAGGGUUUGUUUCUCUGUUCCGCCGAGAUGCAAAGUGUGGAGUUCUACAAUUUCAAAUUCCACCAAACGAAAUGCUUAGAUUUUCUCACAAAGUCCCGUCAUUCAAAAUGUCUGGAAGUGAGGGUGAAGGUGUUCCUCCCGGGUGCUUUGAAUUAGACAUUGCUGCUUUACCAAAAGAUAUGUUCGAGGUUGCUAAACAGGAAACGGACUCGGUGAAGAAGAAGGCCAAGAAGAGUGUCAAAGCUGUGGAUGGCUUGAAACUGAGAAAAUCUCCUCGUCUUGUGACUGUGACUGAAACAAACAAACAAGCAACUUCAAGGCUACUACGCCAAGGAAAAGCUGAGAAGAAGAGUGCUAAGAAGGGUUCAUCCCGUGGACAGCCAAAUGGAUCUUCUUUAUCUGCUGAGACGACGCCUACACCAAAGAACCCUGCAAAAGUCACUGCGGCUGAUUCCUCAAGAAUCAAACCCACGGGGAACUCAAAGAAACGUGGGAGAAAUAGUGAGUCAUUGUCAAAGUCCAGAGGUAAAUGAUUUUACGGACUCGGUUAAAUGGUAGUACAGAUUCCUGAGUCUCUUUUUGUUUUGUUAAUCUCACAUCUCUGUGUAGUUGGGGCAAUAAAUUUGUGGAAUGUGAUGUGAAGUUAAGAGUUUAACAUUA